CUUGCGCGCUUAUUUCUUAAAGGAGGCGGGCUGGCUGCUAUGACGUCUAGGCACAUGUACCCAAGCCAGGUACCUUGGUAGGGAGUAAAUGCCUGAAGCGCAUCGCGAAAUCCCUCAACUCCAAUUGCAAGUCUCAUUCAUAUUGUACGAGCACUAUAGAUGCCACAUUUGCCCUUUCCCCUCGUAUCCACGAGUACGAACACUUGGAUGCUUCAUGGGUGUCUAAAAAUGGGAUUACAAGCACGCCUUUCAGCAGCUUUCAGCGCUGGGCUAUACGUGUAUAUGCCUGUAGGUUUGCUGUCAGGGGCCUCCGCAGUGGCCUCUGCCGGACAGGGUCACGAACGGGCUGCUUUUGUCUGUAUCUCCAGUCGGGGUCUGGACAGCACGACCUCUGUGAGAAUUGAAAGGUUAGGUAAAGGUAUCAAUGCUAUUUCUCAUUCAAACACUAUCCAAAUUCAUACCUACUACAGACGUAGGUUUGCGCCGCAGCUAAAUCCAUCGUUCAUUGCUUUCCUCCCUCAAGCUUCACCCCAGCAACAGGAAAAGUAAACCCAUCAAUAAGAUGGACGCCAACAAUCAAGUCCUACAUGGCGGUAUCAAUCGAGCGAUUGGUGCCACCUUGGACAGGUCAGUACGGUCAGGCAGAU